UAAAUGCAUAUUACACACAUAUUAGACAAAACGAUACAGAAUAUGAGGUACACGGACCUUUGCCAAGCGAUAAUAACGCAAAACAGAUAAAUUCAGAAAAAUACCGAGAUGUAAUAAAUCCAGCAACGCCAAUAUAUAAUAAUGCAGCUACCACAGACACUAGCAUAAAUACAGAUUCCACAAAUAAACAAAACGAUACAAAAAUAGAUAUGAAUGUAGAUUCACAAUAUGAGAUACAUGGACCUUUAGCACGCGAUAGUUACGACGCAGAUGUGAUAGAAGAAAAUAAUAAUAUAGCAAGGAGUAAAGAUUUAAGGCAAUUCGAUUACUCGCAUGACCAAUUGACUGUAAGGAACAUAAUAGAAACACAAACGCUGUCAUCGUUUAGAACAACUAGUUUGGAUUUUCUGCGGGAGAUGUUGGGUAGAAACCUUGAUCACCCCAACCCCGCUCCCCAGCACAUAGGCCAGCUGAACAAGGACCUAAUGCUGCCAGUAACCCAAAAGCUGUUUAGGUUAGAAGACUACUACGAUCCUUUGUCGGCGGAUAAGACGAUAAGGGAGGACUUCACUAGUUGUGAGUCGCAGAGAGUCCAAUGUAUCUCUAAUACGGACUACAAUUUAGCAGUAUGCGUUAUAGACAUGACUAUUCCAGAGUCAGUCGAAGCAACACUGAGAGUGAAGGGAUUUCACAGUAUGUGCGAAGUGACGUACAGAAACUGUCUGAAACGAUACGAGCUUACCGGAAAAAAUUAUGCAGAUCAUUAUUCUGAAGACUACCUGGAAUUUUUCCACUACGGCUGGUGUCAACAAUGUUUUAACUUGAUAGAUAACUGUCCCGGCUAAAUUUUGUAAAACGUUCCACUUUGUCUAUUGCUAUAAAGCAUUGUCAGUUUAUUCAUAUAAAGUUACAAAAUAUCGUCUUUAUGUUAGGCAACAAAGUAGGAUGUUACUGAAAAGUAAUACUAAUUCUGAUAAGAUAUUAAAUGAAUAUUGUAAUGAAAACCAAGACAAUCUAACAAACACGACGACAGCUGCGCCCCAACCAUAGCACAAACACAAAAUACAACGACUUGCUACCGCCCAAAGCGCCGAGCGGCGACACCGGUUUAGUUACCAAAAAACCCGCUAGAUGGCGCUGACCGCAUCCCAUAGAAUUCGUACAUCGCGGUGUAAAAUUUUUUCCCGAUUUGGUUAGGCUCGCCGGUUGAAACUUGUUAUGUAUCGAAUCAUAGGAAUACAAAUUCCGACAUAAUAGCCCCCUGCUUCCCUCUGGGAACUACGCGCUAUUAUUGAGGACUAUCCUAAACGUGCUUCCGCUCCAGUCCUCACUCUAACUGGCUGGGGAACUCGUCUUCGUUCUGAGUUAUAAGCUUGUAUCGUACGUGUUAUUGAACAUAAUACACACCUCUCACGUCAUUUCGGCUUUCCCUUCUCUCCCCGCGCGCACCCCCGCUACAAUAAAUAUUCAAUAUAAAAUUUACGUUACGUUUGGCUUGCAUUCUUCCACAUACCAUCAAAGUCGCCAGUCUGCCGGUGUUUUACAGGUUGCACGGGUUGUUUUACGUGGGCGACGGUCGCGCGACCGUCGCCGUCGCGUUUUCAUGCUUCCAUAUCGAUAAG